GCCGCGGUGGGCGGGGCCAAGCACUCGUGCUACUCCGGGUUUGUGGAAACUCUUUGAUCACCACCGACUGGACUUGUUGAAAAGGGCUCGAGCGGUACCUACAUCUAAUAUUUGGACUUUUCUCCGCCGUGUCAGUCGUCGUUCUUCUAUGAAACGUGGACUUGAGGAUUCAUUUCUAGAGGCUGCAGCGCGUUUGUGUGAAUUAACAGCUCCGAAAAGAAACCAUAUCUGGUCAAAGUAUUCAGCUGUCACAUGCGCUAUAUAUAGUGUGGGAUAAGCGCUGUCUGAAGUCCUGUGGUUUGGGGGCUGAACAGUUCCUGCUUUUUUUUUUUUUUCUUAUUAUCUUUUUUUCUGUCCGCUUCUUCCCCAUUUUUAUCAUUCAUCAUGCUUCGUAAGGAGAUGGAGAAGUACCGGGAUGUGGAUGAGGAUGAGCUGUUGCAGAAGCUCAGUGAAGAAGAGCUCCGAAGACUCGAGGAUGAACUUGAAGAGCUUGAUCCUGAUAACGCACUGUUGCCGGCGGGAUACAGACAAAGGGAUCAGACUAAGAAAGCUCCGACAGGAACGUUUCAGAGAGAUAACCUUCUGGCUCACCUCGAGAAACAAGCCAAGGAACAUCCAGACCGGGAUGAUCUAGUUCCCUACACUGGUGAGAAAAGAGGAAAACCGUGGGUGCCCAAGUCAAAAGUUGUUGACCCUCUCCUGGACGAUGUCACUCUGGAGCCUGAACUAGAGGAGGCCUUAUCGAGCGCUACUGAUGCUGAACUGUGUGAUAUAGCAGCUAUUUUGGGCAUGCACACACUGAUGAGCAAUCAGCAGUAUUAUGAAGCUUUGGCCAGCAGUACCAUCGUCAACAAACAGGGCUUGAACAGUGUAAUCCAGUGUACUCAAUAUAAGCCAGUGCCAGAUGAAGAGCCCAAUGACACAGAUGUAGAGGAAACACUACAGAGAGUCAAGAGCAACGAUCCAGACCUCACAGAGGUGAACCUAAACAACAUCAAGAAUAUUCCAGUGCCAACUUUGAAAGCAUAUGCUGAGGCUCUUAAAGGGAACAGUGUUGUGGAGCGUCUCAGCAUCGUCGGCACCAGAAGUAACGAUCCUGUAGCCUUUGCACUGGCAGAGAUGCUGAAAGUGAACACCACUCUGAAGAGUCUAAACGUGGAGUCAAACUUCAUUACCGGAGCUGGAAUUCUGGCUCUCUUGGAAGCCUUAAAGAGCAACACUACACUGCAGGAGCUCAAGAUUGACAACCAGAGCCAGCCAUUGGGUAACAAAGUUGAGAUGGAGAUAGCUAAUAUUUUGGAGAAGAACACUACUUUGCUGAAGUUCGGGUACCACUUCACCCAGCAGGGCCCACGCUUACGAGGAUCUAAUGCUAUGAUGAACAACAAUGACAUGGCACGUGUAGUUCGGUCGGACUCAGACGGUGCGAUCACAUUCACUCUGUCAGUCCCUGAGCUGGAAAGAGCCUUCUGUAAAAAGUUCAAGUUCACGUCAAAACCCAAUAAGAAAGAGAAGGCUUGAAGGAGGACCCAUCUUUCCUAAAUGUCGGACAAACGUGUAGCAGCAUCAGGACUCCUCUAUGGCCCGGGACCUGCAUCACACCCCAUCUCAUCCCAAAUCCUCCCAGCAUUUCACCAGCAAGUCAUCUAAAAAAACGUUCAAUUCAGAAAGCCAUUAUUGUCCAAAGUCCCAGAUCCAAAGAGCUGAAGGUACCACCCUCUGUUUGCCAGACACAUGGUUACUCAUGGCGGAGUGUUUUACAGAUGUGUAAACUACCUGCCAUAACAUUAGCAGGGAAAAAUCACCUACUUAUGCUGAUGGAAGCAGCAAAGAUGAAAAUGACGCUCGGUUUAUCACAAUGUUCUCAGAUGACCUAAUCUUCUAGCUGUAAACAUUCUGACCUUACAGCCUGGCGUAUUGCUGUUUGGAGGCUCACCAAAACCAUCAAACUUGAUUUAUUGUAGCUGUGGUUUUGCCCUCUCCAGGCCAGUUUGAUUCUCACUAUAGUUUUAGUACUCGCACUCAUUGCAUAGAAGCAUGCUGUUACUAUAUGUUUUACUCUUUGAUAUGAUGUAAUUUUGGCCUUUUUAAAUGUUUAACAACUAGUAAAACUAUUGCUGUAUGAUGGUUUUUAGCAUGCAUAUUUCAGGUGAGCUCUGCUAUGUUUUGUACACUAAGUGGUGCUUUUUUGUUGAAUCCUCAUCCUCUCCUCGGGUCAUUCUGACCUUCCAAAUAAUACUAUAAAAUACUAUCUAUUAAAAAAUAUUAUGAACUAAAAUUAGGGUUCUUUUAAAUGACAGAAGAAUUUGAUACUUUUGUUACAAUUAACUAGGAAAACAUAGACAAAAAUUAGAAGAUUCUUUUUUGUGGGUCAAGACUCUUUCACUUAUGGGUCAAACCCACAUAUGAGUUCAUGUGAAAUGGGGAUAUUUUAUUAUUUAUUUAUUUUUACAUUUUAAACAUGUCAAUUUAAAUCUGAAUGCAAACAAAGCAAAUUCAAGCAUUAGAUUGGAGUUUGAAGCUUGCAUGAUUGCAUAUUUCAGUUUAUUUGUUUUGUAUAGAAUCUAUAUUAACAUCUAUAGAAACCAUAAACUCUAAAGUUUAUUUGAUGUUGUUGUUCCCAUACAAGAGGUCAUCAGAGAAACCCGAUGACCCAGUGCAUAAUACAUUUUAAUGCUCACUGUUAAAAAUGGCUGGAAUUUAAUUAUUAUUACAUUUAUUACAUUAUUACAUUACGUUUAAUGCAAUAUAAUUACAUUACAUUUUUUGAGAUAAACAAAUAAAAUACAAAAAAAUCUGCAUAAAGAUUAAAAAUUAACAAAUGAACUGAUUAAAAAAUUCUGCACACAAAAUUUAAAAAACAGUACAGUGUAAAAUGCUGUUAGUUACGGUACUGUUCGGUUUACUAAAAAGUGAGUAAACCCAUUACUUUAAAAGAUUACUUUAAGUUGAGUAAACUCGUUGUAACUUGGAACUGUUAUGUUGACCUAACUUAAUUUGACCUCAUUUUUGUAAUUAUGCACAUGGUUCAUUUACUUCAGGGUUCAGGGUUACUUCAGUUUUUACUAUAAAAAUUCCAUGACUUUUCAUUACAAUUUUCAUGACCUAAUUCAAUUUUCAUGACCUAAAGUUUCAUGUAAUGUCUACAUAUACGUUUACAUUUACGUUUACACAGCACAUCAUAAAACACACAAUAAUUUCAAUUUAUUUUUAUAUCUAUGUAAAAUAGAUGAUGCGUACACAGCACUAAUAAUGUGAGAGCAUGUUUUGGCCAAGAAAAUAAAAAGAAAAAACAACCAACCUCAAUUCCAAUAUACUGACGUUUGUCAAAUUAAUUUUAGAUAAUCUUAAUAGUUUGUUAAACUAGUAAUCAUUGGUAAAACUACUUGUAUUAUAAAGCAGCGAUCACACUGCACUUUUUGCUCCGUAGACUUCCAUUCAUAGGCAUGUGAAUAUAGACAGGAAACGCAGGCAUGUGCGACAAGUUUCGCAUUUCACUGCAUUCGAAAUUUUAAGCUUGGAGAAUUCUUACCUGCAAAAUCACAUCAGGUGAUUGUGUGAGACCAAUAGAAGAUUUUUAAUAUGGAGCAAUCGCUCACUUUUAUUAAUGUCUAAUCAUAUUGUUUAACCCCACUCUUUUCGCAGCGAUGUACGACAGAAUUUUGCAAGCACAAGCUCUAGUGUGACCGCAGUCAAUUUGGCCAAAAAUGUCUGCUAAAUGACUAAAUGUAAAUGUAAUUUCCAUGACUUUUCCUAAACCUUGAGGGUUUUUCUGUUUUCCAAAACUUUUCCAGGCCUGAAAAUGCCAUGUCAAAUUUCUAUGACUUUUACAGAUUUUCCAUAACCGUAUGAAUCCUGGUACGUAUUAAUUUUAAGGGAACUGAUUUACUCACUUUUUAAAUCUACUAAACCAGGGGUGUCCAAACUCUGUCCUGGAGGGCCAGUGUCCUGCAUAGUUUAGCUCCAACUUCCUUCAACACACCUCCCUGGAAGUUUCUAGUACACCUAGAAAGAGCUUGAUUAGCUGGUUCAGGUGUGUUUAAUUGGAGUUGGAACUAAAAUAUGCAGGACACUGACCCUCCAGGACAGUUUGGACAACCUGAACUAAACGCUUUAAAAUCAAUGGGUUUACUCACUUUUUUAAAAAUUUUAAAAUUCCAUGUGAAAUCAAAAUCUAAAAGGGUCUUGAUUUCACAUUGUUAUUCUUUAGUUGAAUAUUUAAUCUGUGCAAGUUAAUCCACAGAAAAAAAACUAAAGAAAUUUGUUUUGCCAAUCCUCAAAGUCAUUUGCUUCUGUGUUUGGAGUGGUUUGAUAUCCUGCUCUGUUGAUGUCAGUUCGACUGCUUCAGUCACAGUAUUCUUAACCACACCCCCUUUUACUGGCAGUUUGCCAUAGAUAUUUACAUUAGAUAUCGCCUACCCUGUUGGAAGGAAUGCAUCAAUAGAGCCGCCAUUUUAGUACAGGGUGGCGCUCCUUUAAAAUGAAUCCUGGACCAAGGUGCAGUGAAGGUCUGGCCAUCCAGAGCCAGAGAUACACACAUAUACACAUAUAUCUAUGUUGGGAGUUUUCCCGGUGGUCAAUAUGCAAAUAUUUUUUUUAAACUACGAAAAUGAUAAUUUUACAUCACUUUUCUACAUGGAUGGAUAUGUGACCGCACGAGCAUUCCUGACAAAGAGCGUGUGUUUGUGUACAUGGAAAUGUAUUAUCCUCCCUCCCUGUUUAAUUUGAUCUAAUCCGUGUCCUGAAACAAACCCCCUCUCCAGCUUUCACUUCUCAUUCUAACAGAGGGAGCGAUUCGUUUGUGAAUGAAUCUCCGUUAUGAACGACUGGUUCACUUAGCCGACAAUGAUACAAGUUUCUAACAGUAUCUUGUUGUCAUAUUUCAUUUACAUUGUUUGCUUAUUUUAUUUAACAAAACUAGCAUAAGCCUAGUAUUUAGUGUGAGUUGGUGCUGCUUUGCCUUAUGGUGAAUGCAGUAAGAGACUGUAUUAUCAUCAAUAAUGUUACUUGUUUAGAACAAAAGUUCUUCACAUACAAAAAUAUAAAAAAAACGAAAAUCUUACCUAUGAAAUGUUGUGCCUUUGUGCUUUGUUUUUUUUGUUUGCUUGUUACUACACCCGUACACAGCGCUAAAGUCCAGCAUCUUCACAUUGGCACACUGUCUUUGACUAGUGCGGUUGAAUGGCAUUUGUCCUGAAAGCACUGUACAAAUGUGGCCGCGCUAUUGACGCAUGCUCAGGGUCCGUAUGGGAUAUCUAGUGUAUAUAUCUAUGGCAGUUUUCUAUGAGGGAAUGAUGUGUACAAAUCAAGCCCCGCCCCUACUCAAUAUUCCAUUUCAGUUGGAAGUAUGCAUGGACGUCAACAUACUGAAAUAAGAAUCAGCAACUCCAGAUUCACGCAGACUUUAGUAAAGCGAACGAAUCACUUUUUAAAGUGUGACACUUCGGAAACAAAAACUGGAAGGAAGGAUGAGGGUUUAACUUAUAUCACCAAGAUGCAGACAGUUUUUGUCACUCAUGUCGCCUUGAAUCACAAACUCACUUGAUAAUCUGUGUGAAUGUACUUUAAUUGAUCACUCGAUAACAGUGAAAAGCCUAAGCUCAAUGUACUUUCACUGUUCAAGCAUAUUUAUGUCAUUAUUUAUAUAUAUAUUUUUAUUAUUUUAUUUGGGAAAACUUAACUGUCGUGUUUAGGAUAAGCUGCAUUUCGUUUUCGCAGUUAGCAAUAAUAUAUCACAUUUAUUGUAGUGACAGUGAUUCUUUUAUGAUAGGCAUUUAUCAUCAAAUGAAUGUGGUCGAUGUGUGUUCUCAGUCUUGUGCUCAGCAAAUGCACUUCUACUGAUGAUCAUAGCACAGAAUAGAAAGCCAUAAAACUAUAUAUAUAUACAGUAUAUAUAUAUAUAUAUAUAUAUAUAUAUGCAUUAUGGCAUAUGUUCUCAUUAAGUAAUGUCCAGGUUAUAUUUCACCCAAAAUCAAUUAUAAUUAGUUUAAAAAAUAACAUGGACUGGCUUAAUUUUAGCAAUGUGGAAAACACAGAAUCAUUAAUACAGUCAUAAACACACAAUUAUUUGUUAAGAAUAGAUAUGUUUUGGGAAGUCUGGCUUUUCUUGUCUCCUUUUCUGAAAUCACAGUUAUUUUGACUCACGGAUUAAAUAAAAAACAGUAACAGUUGUUUUUUUCAGCAUACAUUGCUCAGCAUAAAUGGGUACACCUCUUACAGAUCUCUCUUUAAAUUAAUAGUUUCAAUACGAUGCUUAAGAAUAAUAUAUUUGUCUACAUUUGAAGGCAGAAUUAUUAGCCCACCUGCUUAUUUUUUCCCUCAAUUUCUGUUUAACCGAGAGAUUUUUUCAACACAUUUCAAAACAUAAUAGUUUUAAUAACUCAUUUCUAAUAACUGAUUUAUUUUAUCUUUGCCAUGAUGACAGUAAAUAAUAUUUGACAAGAUAUUUUUCAAGACACUUCUAUACAGCUUAAAGUGAUAUUUAAAGGCUUAACUGGGUUAAUAAGAUUAAUUAGGCAAGUUAGGGUAAUUAGGCAAUUAAUAAUGAUGGUUUGUUCUGUAGACUAUCGAAAAAAUAUAGCUUAAAGGGGCUAAUAAUAUUGACCUUAAAAUGGUUUUUAAAAAAUAUAAAACAGCUUUUAUUCCAGCCGAAAAAAACAAAUAAGACUUUCUCCAGAAGAAAAAAUAUUAUCAGACAUACUGUGAAAAUUUCCUUGCUCUGUUAAUCAUCAUUUGGGAAAUAUUUAAAAAGGAAAAAAAUUCAAAGAGGGGCUAAUAAUUCUGACUUCAACUGUAUAUAUUAGAUCAGUCAAUACCAAAGCCCAAACUGGAACUAAUCUAAAAAUAAAAAAAUAAAAAAAACACUUUGGUCACAGACCAAAAAUGAGUACACACACAUUAAUAUGUGGGGGGAAAUUAAUAAAUAAAAAUAUAAUAAAUUGUAAAAAUCAAGAUAAACAGGUUUCUUUUGUUGCAAUAGCUCAUUUGAAUUUAAAUGUAUUAUCUUUCUAUUCUUAAAGAUGAUCGGUGAUAAUGGAUAUCACUGUUAAUUAAAAUUAAAUGUUUCAUUUAAAUGCAUUCAUAAUUAUUGGCUAUAUUCACUGAGGACAUGGAUAAAAAUAGUCAUUUUCAAAAGGGGGUGGACUCAUUUAUGCUGAGCACUGGAUGUCUUUAUAUAUGAGGACAUAGACAUGAUCUCCAGAGCAAAAUAUGAUCAGAUAUUAUUGUAUUUCUCCUGAAUUGUCAUUAUAGUAAGUAGCAAAGAACCACAGAUCUACUGUAUAUAGAUCAGUGGAAAGAACCAAUAUGGAAAUGUUGUUGGUUCCGAUAGCUCUCUAUAUUUGGAAGAUGAUCACCAAUAUAUUAACCAAUAGACAAAUCUUUAUGUGAAUUUAUAUAUUUAUAGAUAAGCCAUUUAAAAAUAUUUAUAUUCAUAUAACAAUAUCUAUGAUUUCUGAUAUAUAGUGCACUGCUAAUAGCGAGGUUUUUACUGUGAAAUAUACCAAUAACCUAGUUUAACUCUGUAGAACUAAUAAAACAAAUUAAACCAUGUGUUUUUCAUACAUCUUGACAUUGAGGUGAAAUAUAACCUGGUCAAACAGUCUCUCGGCAGUUUUCAUAAGACUAGCCCACAUAUUCAGCCUGGCAUGUUGCCGUGAUUUACUUUAGAAAUUUUUUUUGUUUUGUUGUUGUUGUCCGUAGCCGUCUCUUUACUUUCCCAGCACAGUAAAAGUCAGUGUGUUAUGUGGGAGUAAACAUUUUCCUGCUGUUUAAAAGACUAAACAUUUAUAGACCAGAAAAGGAACAUUUAAUGUUGCAGGCCCGUAAUCAUUGCCAUAGAGAGCCUGAGCUGGUGCGCGUAUGUACAUUUUUAUUAGUGCACCUUACUGUAUGUGGUUUAUUGAGUUAAUAAAGACGGAAAAAGUUGUGUGGAAA